CGGGGCGCGCCUUCCCACCGCGAGCCCGUGAGCGCCGAGGCGCGCGGGAGCCGGGGCGCGGAGUCGGAGCCGCCCCCCGGCCGAGGAGCGAUGCCGCGCGGUCUGGCCGCCCCCAGCGAGCGCCGCGCCGGAGACAAAGCCCGCGCGUGAGCUGCGCCCUCGGCCCGCGCGCCCCGCUCCGGGUGAGCCUCCAGGCGGGAGCCCCGAACCAACCUCUCCGCUGACGACCGCCAGCCCGUCCCUGCCCAGGCCUGUCGCUGUGCCGCCUCUCAGCUGGGGCAGCAGAAUGAAAGAAGUCAUGUCCAACAACAGCACCACUAGCAUCUCGCAAGCCAGGAAGGCUGUAGAGCAGCUCAAGAUGGAAGCCUGUAUGGACAGGGUCAAGGUCUCCCAGGCAGCCGCAGACCUCCUGGCCUACUGUGAAGCCCACGUACGUGAGGACCCUCUAAUCAUCCCAGUGCCUGCGUCGGAAAACCCUUUCCGAGAGAAGAAGUUCUUUUGUACCAUCCUCUGACUCCGUGAAUUAUGAUGUGGCUCCUUUCCUGUCCUUAAAUUCCCUGGUAGAGACCGCAUGUUCUUAGCUAUAGGGAGUCCCAGCCCACCCCGGCCCUCCCCAACCAGGAUGGCCGGGACCUGCCUCUCUCCAUUGGUUUUCUUCAUUGUGUUUUAUUUCAUGCCUUCUUUUCAUUCUCAUGGUAUUUCCAUCACUGGCAAAGCAAAUAGAUCUUUUCGUAACCCAGUAA